AUGUCACAACCAGCAUGGCUCCUGGCUGCACUUUACAUCACACCAGUUAUCCUGGUGUGCUAUUAUCUCUUCGGCCGGUCUAGUCCGUCAUCAGCCACAGUAAAAGCGCUACCAGAGAUGGAGAUAUCAGAGAUCUACGUGUACCCGAUUAAAUCGCUACGAGCAAUCAAACUGGCUUCAGCCAUUGCAACACCACAUGGCUUUGCACACGACCGCUCCUUCAUGCUCCUCGAAAAAACACCCACAGGCUACAAAAACAUGGCCGUAGCAUCCUACCCCCAAAUGACGCAAUUCCUCCAAGAAAUCUCCCCACCGCCCGACAAUACUUCCAGCAGCAGCACCGCCAACUCCACCCUCACAAUCCACUACCUAGCCCACGGCUCCACCGCCAACCAAUCCAGCCUCACCAUCCCCCUCACCCCCUCAACUUCCACCCUCCCCACCCUCGAAAUCUCCCUCCACGACAGCCCCACAACCGCCUACCGCAUGCCCCCAUCUUACAACACCUGGUUCAGCACCUGCUUCGGCUUUGACGUCGAACUCGUCUACCUCGGCUCUCACCGCCGCUCCCCACGCUUCAGCAACCUUGCCCCAUCCUCCCCUGCUAACCCAGCCGAACCCAAACUCUCCCACUCCCUCACCUUCACAGACUGCGCCCCUUACCUCAUAACCUCCACCCCUUCCCUCUCCUCCGUCUCCUCACGCAUCGCUUCCGAAAUGGACAUUACCAAAUUUCGCCCCAACAUCCUCUUAUCCGGCGCAAAGGAAGCGUGGGACGAGGAUUUUUGGUCGCGCAUCUGUAUCAAGAGUGCAAAGGAAGCAGCAGCAGCAGCAGGAGGAGGAGAAGAGACAGAAAUAGCGCUCCUGCAUAAUUGUGUGAGGUGCAAGAGUAUUAAUAUUGAUUAUGCGACGGGGAAACCGGGGGAAGGGGUUAAGGGGGAGGUGUUGAAGAGGUUGCAGGGAGAUCGGAGAGUGGAUAAGGGAGCAAGGUGGAGUCCGGUGUUUGGGAGGUAUGGGUUUUGGGUUGGUGGUAGUGGUGGAAAAGAGAAGGGGAAGGAGGAGGUGGUGUGGAGGGUUGGGGAUAAGGUUAGGGUUACGGGGGUGAAUAGGGAGAGGACUGUUUGGAGUUGGCCGAAUCUUGGGUAG